AUGAAGGAAAGAUUUCUGUAUCAAGGUGGAGAUUUUCUGUGGAUUGAAGUACCCGUAAAGAAUCAAUUCUCAUGUCCGAUUGGUGCAAGGGUUAUCGAUUCGCGUGGUGGCAAAAUCAAAUUACUCGAUGACGAUGGCAAGGAAACAUGGUUAUCUCCUGAUCAAAAGAUUCGUGUUAUGCAUCCAACAUCGGUUCAAGGUGUGGAGGAUAUGAUCCAACUGGGCGAUCUUCAUGAAGCAGGCAUACUCAGGAACCUCUUCAUUCGAUACAAACAAAAACUCAUCUACACAUUCACUGGUUCAAUUUUGGUUGCAAUGAAUCCAUACAUGGAAUUGCCCAUCUACACUCCAGAGCAAAUCCGCCUAUACCGAAAUCGUCGAAUCGGUGAAUUGCCACCACACAUCUUUUCGAUUGCCGAUAAUGCUUACUCGAACAUGAAACGAAACGGUCGCAAUCAGUGCUUGAUAAUCAGCGGUGAAUCGGGUGCAGGUAAAACCGAAUCGACGAAACUCGUUCUACAGUUUCUCGCUACCGUAUCUGGACAGCACUCUUGGAUAGAGCAACAAAUUCUUGAGUCCAAUCCCAUCAUGGAAGCGUUCGGUAAUGCAAAAACGAUUCGAAAUAAUAAUUCGUCUCGAUUCGGCAAAUACAUCGAUAUUCAUUUCACGGGGACGGGUGCUAUUGAAGGCGCAAAAAUUGAGCAGUAUCUUCUUGAGAAAUCACGACUCGUUAGUCAAACGUUAGGUGAACGCAACUACCAUAUCUUCUAUUGUCUAUUGGCUGGAUUGAACGACACCGAAAAGAAUGAACUCACUUUGACCAAAGCGGCAGAUUAUUUCUAUCUCACCCAGGGUAAAACACUUGAAGCAGAAGGCCGAGAUGAUGCGGCGGAUUUGGCCGAGAUUCGCUCUGCGAUGAAAGUGCUGAUGUUCAAAGAUGCUGAAAUAUGGCAGAUAUUCAAGAUAUUGGCUGCGCUACUUCACACUGGAAACAUUAAAUACAAUGCAACCACCGUUAAUAAUAUGGAAGCCACUGAAAUCAAAGACAAGUCUAGAGUGAGCCAAGUCGCGAAGCUGUUACAGGUGGAUGAUCGCAGUCUUGUGAAUUCACUUACAACUCGAAGUUUGGUUACCCGAGAUGAGCGAGUGGUAUCAUGUCUAGGGCCUCAGCAAAGUUUAGAUGUAAGAGAUGCACUGGUGAAGGGCAUUUACGGACGACUCUUUCUUUACCUUGUUAAUCGUAUCAAUGAAGCGAUUUAUAAGCCACGUAAAAAUGUUCAAAGUCGAUACAGCAUCGGAGUUUUGGAUAUAUUUGGCUUUGAAAAUUUCGACACGAAUAGUUUCGAACAACUUUGUAUCAAUUAUGCAAAUGAAAAUCUACAACAAUUUUUCGUGCGACAUAUCUUCAAACUGGAACAAGAUGAAUACGAAGCAGAAAAGAUCAACUGGCGACAGAUCGAGUUCACCGAUAAUCAGGCCGUUCUGGACUUAAUCGCGCAGCAAAACUUGAGUAUCAUGUCACUCAUUGACGAAGAAAGCAUAUUUCCUAAGGGUACCGACCAAACAAUGCUUGAUAAACUGCACGCAACACAUGGUCACAACGAUAAACUGUACAAAAAACCGAAAUCAAGCUUGAACAAAUCAUUCGGAAUUAACCACUAUGCUGGCGUUGUGUUUUAUGAUUACAAAGGUUUCCUCGAGAAGAAUCGUGACACUUUCUCAGCUGAUCUGCAGACGUUAAUUCAAAGCAGUAAGAUGAAAUUUUUGGUGAAUCUUUUCGGUGAAGGUCACGACUUUGACAGUGUAACAUCGGUGACUCGUCGGAAGCACAUCACCGUCGGAAGUCAAUUCCGAAAAUCAUUAGAAUCGCUCAUGUCGCAGCUCUCCGCCUGCGAACCGUUCUUUAUUCGAUGUAUUAAACCGAAUGAAGUAUUUGACAGGGAUUUAGUGUGUAGACAAUUGCGUUACUCGGGUAUGAUGGAAACAAUUCGCAUUCGUAAGGCUGGAUAUCCAAUUCGCUAUGAUUACGAAACUUUCCGAAUGCAACCAGAAUUGUUUGCAAUUUCAGCGGGCAAGGCGGAUAGCGUGGAAGCAGCGAAAAAAAUAUGCAAAACAGUGCUUGGUGGCAAAGCUGAUUUUCAGAUGGGGAAAACAAAAGUGUUUUUGAAGGAUGCACAAGAACUGUUUUUGGAACAGGAGCGUGAACGCAUGCUCACGGCACGUGUUGUGACAAUUCAAAGAGCGGUUCGCGGAUGGCUUCAAAGACGACGUUUCCAGAGGAUGCGCACUUCUGCGGUCGUUAUUCAGAAGUUUUGGCGUGGCUACGUUCAACGUAAACGCUACCGACAGAUACAAAUUGGUUUCGCUAGACUGCAAGCAGUGUUACGCUCACGUCAACUUGUUGUUCACUAUCAGAAACUUCGACUCAUUGUCAUACAGCUCCAAGCAAAAUGUCGCGGUGCGUUGAUUCGAAAGGUUCUACGAGCGAAGAGAGAACGUGGAGAACGACGUGCUGGAAUGAUGAUAAUGCCCGAGGAAGCAGAACGUGGCUCAACACCUUCAUCGGUUGCCUCCACUGUAGACGAGAUGGAUGAUACUGGAUUGGUCGAAAAGAUGUUUGGAUUCUUACCAGUUGAAGUAUCACCUGUGCCGAUAGCAGAAAAGAAAUUAAUUGGUAAACAAAAGGACCUUACAACUUUGGUCAGAGGCCUAAUCGAUCUUGUGGACCUCAACGAUCAGCAGUGGGGUUGGAGACCGUCUGAAUGUCAUGAGUGCUCGGAGAUUCCCAAGGUUAUGGGUAGGGUCAGGGUUCCCUCAAACUUCGUGAAUGCCCAAGAACUUCCGGAACCUCGUAAUUCCUUGGAGAAUUCCAUACUCCAUAUCUUGGCGGGCUUCCCAGUUGGUGAAACUGUGUCAAGCAUACCUGCUCUAGCAGAAGCGUUCCAAGACGAGGACCUGACUGGAUAUCAGUUCGACAAAUUUGCUGCUACGUACUUCCAAGGGCAGGCAACUGCAGACUACAUUAAGAAGCCACUACGCUGUCCACUGCUCAUUCAUCACGAUACAGGCAAUCAGUUGGCAUCACUUGCGGUAUGGAUCACAAUAUUGCGUUUUAUGGGCGAUUUGCCUGAUGCGAAGUACAAUCCCUCAUUGAAUGGUGAAUAUGAUGGCAAAUCAGUGAUGGGAAAAUUGUACAAAACAUUAGGACGUAAUUUCACGAAGAGAGAAGUUGAUUUGGCCAGUCAAAUGAGUGAUUACGAUAACGUAGGCGUGACUGGCACACAACGAAUUCGCAAAACAGUUGGUCGUAAACUGAUAUCAAUGACACUAAGAAGGAAACCGAAAAAUGAUUCACUGGAAUCAGUAAACGAAAGCGGUGAAACGAAGGCAACAAUUGAAAUGAAAGGUGGAAAGUAUGGUCAUUAUAAUGCGCUUUUGGAGGAAAGACCAACGAGCAACUUGGAUAAACUUCAUUUCAUUGUUGGGCACGGCAUUCUCAGGGCUGAUCUUCGGGAUGAGAUCUACUGUCAGAUCUGCAAGCAACUAUCAAAUAAUCCAUCGAAGAGUUCAGUUGCUCGAGGUUGGAUUUUGCUAUCGUUAUGUGCCGGAUGCUUUGCACCAUCCAAACGUUUCAUGAACUAUUUGUGUUGUUUCGUUCGUGAGCAUGGACCAGGUGGUGCAUCUGGUUAUUCGGAAUACAUUGAACAACGACUCCGAAGAACUGUUAAAAACGGUACACGUCAUCAACCACCGAGCUAUGUUGAGUUGCAGGCAACCAAAUCUAAGAAUCCAAUAGAAUUAACGGUAACUUUGAUGGAUGGUACCGUGAAAACAGUGAUCGGUGAUUCGGCAACAACAUCAGAGGAGGUAUGCGAUGCGAUCGCAGCAAAAAUUGGACUCAAAGAGCGUUUCGGAUUUUCAUUAUACAUCGCACUCUUCGAAAAGGUGUCCUCACUUGGAUCUGGCUCUGAUCAUGUUUUGGACGCGAUUAGUCAAUAUGAGCAACAUGCGAAGGAACAAGGACAGCAAGAAAAGACAGCGCCUUGGCGAUUGUUCUUCAGAAAGGAGAUCUUCACUCCUUGGCACAAUCCUAAAUUCGAUGAUGUGAGCACAAACUUGAUCUACCAGCAGAUUAUACGUGGCAUUAAAUUCGGUGAAUACAGAAGCGAUAAGGAAGAAGAACUAGCGUCGCUUGCUGCACAACAAUAUUACAUCGAACAUGGUGCAGAGAUGCAAGUCGAAAAACUCGAGCAAUCCAUUAAUUCGUAUAUUCCUGAAUUUGAAUUGAAGAAGACGAAAGGAAGUGAUCAGGAACGUUGGAUACAACUAAUCUUACACGCUUUCCGCAAGGUAUCAUUUUCAGCACUCUCAAAGAAAUCUCGAUUUGUAUUGUACUUCAAAGAACGCAAACAACCGACACAGAUGGAAGUCAAGCAAGCAGUUGUAGCGUUUGCGAAAUCCAGAUGGCCGUUGUUGUUCUCUCGUUUCUAUGAAGCAUACAAAUACACUGGACCUCCGCUUCCGAAGAAUGAAGUGGUAAUUGCGGUCAACUGGACUGGUGUGUCUGUUGUGGAUAAUGAAGAACAAGUGCUUCUCGAAUUCACGUUCCCGCAGAUCACCGCUGUUCGAUGCUCACCAGCAACAGAAUCUAAUGCUGAAUCAUUCACGAUCGAAACCGUCAGUUUAGUAGAAUACACAUUCCAAUCACCAAACUCAGAAGAUGUUCGCGAGUUGGUUGAGUAUUUCCUAGAUGGACUCAAGAAUCGAUCGUCGUACUUAGUCGCUCUUCACGAUUGCACACCAUCAGAUACGAAUACAUACGUUGCAUUCAAACGUGGCGAUCUUCUGUUGUUAUCAAAAGGACUGACUGGAAGUUCACUCAAAACACGUCAGUUCGUGGCAGGUGAAAAUACCCGAACUGGUCUUCAGGGUAAUAUUCCUGUUGACAUGGUUUACAUAUUACCCACUAUCACCAAGCCGAAAGUUGAUGUUAUGGAUAUGUUCGUACAACGACCAGAAUUCGAAUCCCCAAUGGACAAACAAGUGGCCAUUUUGAUGAGCCCCACUUCUGCUCAUCCGUACACGCUUGAAAGAUUCGCCAAAGAUAACUUCAGAACGCUGCCACGCCGAACUACACUCACAAUAAAUCCGAGAAGACAUGAUGGUGGUCAGCCGCAACUCUGGGCGCAUACCCGAGAACCUCUUAAAUCACCACUCCUUAAGAAAUUGGUCGGGAAAGACGAACCAGCUCAUGAAGCUGUCCAGGCAUAUAUAGCUAUACUGAAGUAUAUGGGUGAUUAUCCAUCAAAACAAUUGCAUAACAGUACCGAUAUCACGGAUCGCAUCUUUAGAGGACCUCUGAAAUACGAGAUUCUUCGAGAUGAAAUUUAUUGUCAGUUGAUGAAACAACUCACGAAUAAUUACAACACGCUAAGUGAGGAGAGGGGUUGGGAGUUGUUAUGGUUAUGUACGGGUUUGUUCGCACCAAGCCAGUCAUUGCUCAAAGAGGUCACACCGUUCAUUCGAACUCGGCCGAAUCCAGUGGCCGCUGAUUCUUAUAACCGACUGCAGAAAACAUUACGAGCGGGUCAACGUAAAUACCCACCACAUCAAGUCGAAGUAGAGGCUAUCCAGAACAAAACUACACAAAUCUUCCAUAAGGCGUUCUUCCCAGACGGUACCGAUGAGGCAAUUGAAGUUGAUUCAUCCACAAAGGCCAAAGAUUUCUGCAGCCGCAUUACGAGUCGUCUUGGACUGACUCGUUGCGAUGGAUUCUCACUGUUCGUCAAAAUGGAUCAGAAAGUUAUUUCGGUGCCUGACAAUGAAUUCUUCUUCGAUUUUGUGCGUCAGUUAGCUGAUUGGGCACGUAAAAAUCGAUCGAGUAAAGAUACAUCAGCUGCACCGUUCACUUAUCAGGUGUACUUCAUGAGGAAACUUUGGCUUGAUACAGUACCAGGAGACGAUCGCAUUGCCGAUAUCAUGUUCCACUAUCCUCAGGAACUACCAAAAUAUCUGCGUGGAUAUCACAAUGUUUCACGGCAGCAGGCUAUUGGUCUUGCUGCAUUGAUACUUCGUGCAAAGAGUCGUACCAAUAAACCAGCACCACUCUCGCAACUAACUCAGCUCAUACCUGAUCUUGUGCCUAACAAUUUGAUUAAAUCGUAUUCCGGAGGCGAUUGGAAGAAGGUGAUCACGAACGCUUAUUCGGGAGCAGUUCAAAAUUUGUCGCCCGAAGACGCAAAGGUCGAAUUUUUGAAACAAAUCGCUGAGUGGCCAACGUUUGGAUCUGCCUUCUUCGAGGUGAAACAAUCGUCGGAUCCAUCAAUGCCUGAUCGUCUACUGAUUGCAAUCAACAAAACUGGUAUCAAUUUGUAUAAUUAUGAGACGAAAGAACACGUCGUCAACUACCCCUUCACGUCCAUCAGUAACUGGACCAGUGGUAACACAUACUUCCACAUAACCAUUGGCAGUCUUAUGAAAGGAAAUCGUGGCAAUCGACUUCUGCUCGAGACCACUCUGGGAUAUAAGAUGGACGAUUUGAUAACGUCCUAUGUAAAGAUGCUCAUAUCAAAUACGACAAAUCAAAAAACGACUUCAAAAAGUGAAGAAAUAACCAAACUUUCAUAA